AUGAGCGACGAAGUCUACGAGGGUGCCAUCGGCAUCGAUCUUGGCACCACCUACUCUUGCGUUGCCAACUACGAGGGCACCAAUGUCGAGAUCAUCGCCAACGAGCAGGGUAGCUUCACCACUCCCUCGUUCGUGUCCUUCACCAGCGAGGAGCGUUUGAUCGGUGAGGCGGCCAAGAACCAGGCUGCUAUGAACCCCGAGAACACCGUCUUCGAUGUCAAGCGUCUCAUUGGUCGCCGAUUCGAAGACGAGACCGUCACAAAGGACAUCAAGUCAUGGCCAUUCAAGGUCGUUGACCAGGGCGGCAGCCCUCUCGUCGAGGUUGAGUACCUCGGUGAGACCAAGCAGUUCUCUCCCCAGGAGAUCUCUGCCAUGGUUCUCGUCAAGAUGAAGGAGGUCGCUGAGACCAAGCUCGGCAAGAAGGUCGAGAAGGCCGUCAUCACCGUCCCCGCCUACUUCAACGACAACCAGCGUCAAGCCACCAAGGACGCCGGUGCCAUUGCUGGCCUCAACGUUCUCCGUAUCAUCAACGAGCCCACCGCCGCCGCUAUCGCCUACGGUCUCGGUUCCGGAAAGUCUGACAAGGAGAGGAACGUCCUCAUCUACGAUCUUGGUGGUGGUACUUUCGAUGUCUCUCUUCUUCACAUCCAGGGUGGUGUUUUCACCGUCAAGGCUACUGCUGGAGACACCCACUUGGGUGGUCAGGACUUCGACACUAACCUCCUUGACCACUUCAAGAAGGAGUUCACCAAGAAGACUAAGAAGGACAUCAGCGGUGACGCCCGUGCCCUUCGUCGUCUCCGGACUGCUUGCGAGCGUGCCAAGCGUACUCUCUCCAACGCCACUCAGACCACUGUUGAGAUCGACUCGCUGUUCGACGGUGAGGACUUCAACGCCAACAUCACCCGUGCUCGUUUCGAGGACUUGAACCAGAAGGCCUUCGCUGGCACUCUGGACCCCGUUGCCCAGGUUCUCAAGGACGCCGCCAUUGCCAAGGACAAGGUUGACGAGAUCGUCCUUGUUGGUGGUUCCACCCGUAUCCCCAAGAUCCAGAAGCUCCUCAGCGACUACUUCAACGGCAAGAAGCUCGAGAAGAGCAUCAACCCCGAUGAGGCCGUUGCCUACGGUGCUGCCGUCCAGGCCGGUAUCCUUUCCGGAAAGGCUACCUCCGCCGACACCGCUGACCUUCUCCUCCUCGAUGUCGUUCCCCUCUCCCUUGGUGUAGCCAUGGAGGGUAACAUCUUCGCCCCCGUCGUUCCCCGUGGUCAGACCGUCCCUGUAUGUAUCACCAUCGCUUUAUGA